AUGAAAAAAUUAUUACAUUAAAAAGGUCUCCUUCCAGAAAAACUCUCAUAAAAUGAUUUAUUGAAUGAAGCAAGAUUAGCCUUUUUAAAAAAAUAAAAAACUUAAAAAGAAUUAGAACAAAUUGAAUUAUUUAUGCUAUCAUUAAGUUUCGUAUAAAAAUUAAAAUCGCAAUAUGGACCUCUUAUUGUUGCUGAUUUAUGUAGAAACUUAUCUUAUUUAAGAAUUCCUGCAGGCACUUAAAGUAAAUUUCGAUUAAAAUUUUAGUCAUUUAAAUUAACAAAGAAAAUAGAACUUUUUAUGUAAUCUUAUCUGGGAAAGUAAGUAUUAGCAUAUAUGUUCAAAAAGGUUAAAGAAAGAGUUCUUUGAAAGUGAUUUAAAAUAAUAAUAUUACUUAGCACUCUAGUCUAUAUUAAAUAUAAUAAGCAUCAACAUAAGGAAUAAUACACACUCAACCAUCAUUAAAAGGCGAUGAAGAAUAAUUUAGCCUUUAAGAAAUCAAGACACUUGAAUAAGGGGAUUCCUUUGGAGAAUUAGCCUUAAUAAAAGAUAAUCUUAAAGCAACUGCAACAGUAACAACUAAGUCAGAUUGUGAGUUUGGUUGUUUAACUAGAAAACAAUAUUUAGACAUUUUAGGAAAAAUCAGCAAAGUUAUUAUUAUAUUAAGUUUAGAAUUUACAUCAUGAAAAACUUGUCUUUUUGUAAACAAUUCCUCCUUUAAAGUAAUGGAAUGAUGAAGAUUUAAAACAAUUAUCUUAUUAUUUAGUGUUGAAACAUUAUGUAAGAAAUUAAAUUGCUGUAAGAGAAGGAGCAGAUAACACUUAAAUAUUUGUUGUAAAAUAUGGAGUAUUUCAUGUUAUUAAACAAUAUUAAGGAUAAUAAUUAAUAUUAAGUGAACUUUAAGAAUCAGAAAUAUUUUAUUAACAUCCAAGUGAAUUGAAACAUUAAUUUUCUCUUCGAUGUGCUUCAGAUGGUUCAAGCUUAUAUGAAUUCUCACAUUAUGAUUUUAAAAAAUAUGCAGAAAAUAAUAUAAUAGAAGAUUUUGUUAAUUUAGAAUAACAAAAAUAAAUUUGGAGAAUGAAAAAGUUUGAAGAAAGAGUUUUUGAUGUUAGAGAUGUACAUCAUUAAGAAUAAGAACUUAUUGAAACUAAAAUAGAGUUUAAGAAAACAAUUAAAUUAUAUGAAGAUCUUAAAAUUAGGUGUAGAUCUGCUAAGAGAAAAAAGACUCCUAUUAAAGUAGAAGAAAAUUCUAUCUAAAAAACUUAAAGGUAAGCUUAAAUGGCUCUUAAAAAAAAUUAAAUACUUAGAUUUGGAGAUGAUUAAGGUGAAAAUUCAUUCACUCUUCCAGCUAUAAGAAGUACUUCAAGAAAAAAGAUAUAUGUAGAUUUAAUUGAUACAGAAAAGAGUUUUGAAACACUAGAUUAAUAUAAUAUUGGGGAUUCAGAAAAAUAUUAAUUAUAUUUUGACCAUUCACAUCCUUGGAGGAAUUUAAAUCAAAAAAAAUAAUAAUUUAAUUGA